UUUUGAGCUCUCUUCGCUCCAUUUAUUUACCAUUAAUCGGCUAUUUAUCAGUGUCAUUUUAUAUCAACAAUACAAUAAUCGUGUACAGAACCUCAUAUAUCGUCAACGAUCUGACCAGCUUAACCACCGUCCAUAAAGCAAAGCAUGGCUCAAACAUCUGGGAAGAACCUCUGGGUAGCCGCUUCUGACGGCGAUAUCGAACGAGUCAAAUACUUGAUCGAGCAGGAAAAUUGCACCGCUAACGACAAAGAUGCCAAUUCAUACACUCCUCUUCACGCAGCUGCCUCUUACGCUCACAUCGAUCUUCUCUCCUACCUCCUGUCAAUCGGCGGUGACCCCAAUCUUACGGACGACGACGGAGAAACACCUCUAUAUGUUGUUGAAAACAUUGAAGUUGCCAAAUUUCUUAUUGACAGCGGUGCCGACCCCAAAUGGAAGAAUCAAGAGGGUUUAACAGCUGCCGAGCAGCUGGAGGAAGACCAUCCAGAGGUGGCAGCGUUCCUCCGAGGGUUGACAGGCGAAGUGGCGCCCACAAGACCCGAGGCAAUGGUUGAUGAAAGGGAGGCUGUGGAUGGAGAUAUCUCCAAUGGUCAAAUAUCUCAGCUCGCUUUGGAUAACUAUACGUCAACGCAAACUGUUGCUUUACUUCAAGAGGCACAACGGAUCAUGGAAGAAUGUGCCAGAGAUGGUGUGGAGCCGGAUGAACGGCUGAGGGAGGUUGUAGAGCGGGCAGUAAGGGAUGGAUUGGCUUUUGGAAGGGAAGCCGGGGAAGAUGAAGCUCCGGCACCAGCGGGAGGCGACCAGCAAAAGCGGGCUAGAGAGGAUUGAGCACUUGAGAUAGGCGUCUGUCUGGUUGCAUGUGUUUUGCUUCGGGCUUGCAUUUAUUUACCAUGUAUCUGUAUAUGACUAUCAAAGCCACAAGUCGCCAUAGUUUCGCCCCUUGGCACAGAUUUCAACUUUAUCAUAUACAUGCAAGUUAUGCGGCAAAACGAUUUUUGACAAAGAUCUAUACACAACUUUCCGUAG